UCAGUGGCGAGCGAAAACUUCUGAAGCGGCGGCUCGCUGGGCCUCCUCUACGUCGACUCAGCCUGAAGGCGGGUGUCUCAGGUUGCCAGCACCAUGUGAUGGGAGCUCCAGGGCAUGCUGCGUGCUCGCCAGGAGGGGCUGGGUAAGAUGGCGUAGUCGCUGGAGCAGCUGCGGGCGCGGCACCGCCGCUCUCACCCUGGCGAAGUGCAGCAACACAGUGGAGCGGCACCAGCGGGACACUCUGGACAACGCAGGCAAGCCGAAACAACCCAUCCUAGCGCGUGCUGCGGGUGCAGUGGUGGUGGGGUGGGUGUCGUGGCCUCGCCGGCUAUGCCGCGGCGGCGGGGUACGGGCCGCUCUGUUGCCUCCGCACCGCGCGGACGCCGCCGCUGCUGCUGCCGCUGCCGCGGGUUCGCUGUGGGGUGGAUUCGCGUUCGAAGCCUGGCACCGAACCUCGGCGUUUAAACGCCGCCGUGCCCCGCCCGGGGCUACUCGCGGGUCGGCCCGUGGUCGCUCGAAAACGACGGCGAUCGGUUCCGUGCGGAUCGGGGGAAUACGCCCGAAGAAGCGUGCGCGGCCUGGGAGGUGGUGGAAGGUGUGAAGACGACAAAGGGUUAACACCGGCUACACCGCUGUCUGCCGUGUGUCCGCUCAAGAAUUUAUUCUGCGCCCUUGAAGGCAUUUGGUGCCGACUAAAACAACGAUGGGCUUCGGGCUGUACAUGCAGCAGUCGCACGAUGCGCUGGUCGCACAGCAGGAGUGCGAGAUGCGGCUGCUGGAGGCCGUGCGCAAGCAUGUGGCGACGCGCGCCAAGAUCGACCGUGACUACGCGGCCCAGCUGCAGCACCUGUGCGCCCAGACAGAGCGCCCUGACCUCAGCCACGUCAGCCAGGUCGCCAAGUCGUGGGCGAGCGUGGUGCAGCAGACGGAAGCGCUGGGCAAGGCGAUGCGCAGGCAGUCGGAGGAGUUGACGACAGGGCCGCUCAGCAAAAUUGCGACGCUCAUCCGAGACAAGCAGCAGCUCAAGAAGAGCUAUAUGGAGUCGUACCAGCAGCUACGCCUAAACCUCAACAAGGUGACGGUGACUGACAUGGAGAAGGUGAAGGGCCAAUACAGGCAGGCGUGUAAGGACGCCUCGGCCAUCAAGCGCAAGUAUGGCGAGGCGGUCACCAAAGGAGGUGCCAAGGAGGCGGAGAAGGUGCGCGAUAAGUUGGUGAAGGCAACGCUGAAGCUGCACUCGCUGCACAACGCCUACGUGCUGUGCGUGCGCGGAGCCCAGCUGCAUCGCGAGGCCUAUUGCAGCAGCACCUUGCCGCAGCUGCUCGACUCCCUGCAGCACCUGCAGGAGGACGCUGUCGCGGUGCUCAAGGAGUGUCUACUCGACUACCUGCAAAUGACGAGCCUGGUGCGCGACGAGGUGGUGAGGAUGCAGCAGAGCAUGGCCGAGGCGGUGGCCCUCAUAGACCCCGGCACGGAGUACGACAGCUUCAUCCAGCAGCACAGCUCCCAACCGCUGCACCUGGCUGGUGUGGAGUUUGACGUGAGCAUCACGGAGGAGGGACCUGAGGGCCUGGAGCCCAACCAGAUCGUGCUUAACGAGCUCACGCUUGAAGACCUGCAGCACAGGCUCACACAGCUGUCGGAGGAAGUGGAGCAGCUCGGCAAGACAAAGGCUCAGCGCACGGAGCAAAUCGCCGAGCUGGAGCAUGAGAUCAACAAGCUGCUGGGAGCCACGCAGCUCAACUACCGCACCGAUGUGCGGCUGCUGUGCAAGAAAGCAGCGCUGCAGGAAUGCCGCCAGGGCGUGCUGCAGUUGGAGGGCGAGGAGGCGCGCGUGCUGGGCCAGCGCGACGCCAUCCAGGACAAGCUGGAGUGGCUGGGCGAUGCCGAGCCGCCCCCCGUCAUAGGCCUGUCGUGCCAGGAAGACGCGGGCAGGGCAGGAACGCUCCCGUCGCCGUCGCACUCGCAGAACUCGCUGCACGUGGAUGGGAUGAAGGCGAUGACCCUGGAUCUCAAGCAGUCCAUCACGGGGAUAUUUAAGUUCUCAAAGCCAACGCCGUCGCCCACAAACAAGGCGUUGCCGACGCGCCCGCUGGAUGCGCAGGAGUGGUUCCACGGUGCCAUCCCGCGGCAGGAGGCCCAGCGGCUGGUGAGCUCCGAGGGGGACUUCCUGGUGCGCGAGAGCCACGGCAAGCCGGGCGAGUACGUGCUCUCCGCCAUGGCGGGGGGCCAGUGCCGCCACUUCAUCAUACAGAAUACCGACAACCUGUUCAAGUUUGAGGGCGACGGCUACGCAUCCAUCGUGCAGCUCAUCGAGCACCACGUUUCCUCAAAGCAGGUGGUCACUAAGAAGUCACGUGUCGUGCUCGUGCGGCCCAUCGGCAAGGACAAAUGGAUUUUAAAUCAUGACGACAUUGUCCUCCAGGAGAAGCUUGGACGGGGAAACUUCGGGGAGGUUUACAAGGGCCUGCUCAAGCCGGAGAACGUGAGCGUGGCCGUGAAGACAUGCCGGGACAACCUGCCCACGGACAUGAAACACAAGUUUCUCAUGGAAGCCCGGAUUCUCAAGCAGUAUGACCACCCCAACAUCGUCCGCCUCAUCGGAGUGUGCACGCAGAAACACCCUGUCUACAUCGUCAUGGAGCUUGUGCAAGGUGGUGACUUCCUGUCAUUCCUGCGGAAGGACACUUCACGUGUCCUCACACAGCAGCAGCUCGUGAAGAUGAUGGAGCAGGCGGCAGCUGGCAUGACAUACCUGGAGGGGAAGAACUGCAUACAUCGUGACCUGGCAGCGCGGAACUGCCUGGUGGGGGAUGCGAUGUCACUGAAGAUCAGCGACUUCGGCAUGUCGCGCGAGGAGGAGGACGGGGUCUACUCGGCCUCCGGGAGCCUACGGCAGGUCCCCAUCAAGUGGACGGCACCCGAGGCCCUCAACUUCGGCACAUUCUCCACGUGUAGCGACGUGUGGAGUUUCGGCGUGCUGCUGUGGGAGACGUUCAGCCUGGGCAGCAUGCCCUACCCCGGCAUGACUAACCAAGAGGCUCGCGAGCAGGUGGAACGCGGCUACCGGCUGGAGGCCCCAGAGAAAUGCCCGCGGGAGGUUCACCAACUCAUGCUGCGCUGCUGGCAGUACGAGCCCAAGCAGCGGCCUCGCUUUUCCGACCUUCAGCGCGAGCUCUCCUCCCUCAGCAAAAAACACUUUGCGUGAGCUGGCCCCUCGCCCGCCCUCUCAAUCGCCCGCCCUCUCAAUCGCCCGCCCUCUCAAUCGCCCGCCCGCCUGCCGUCCGCCCGGCUCGCCUGAUUUGUUCCCUCUUUCAGUCGCCUCUUCACUCAUUCGCUCUACUUUUCACCUGUUUGUUAAUUGCAUUCAUUCAUUCAUUGGCUCGCAUCCGUGUUCAUUUGUUUCUGCUCAAACUUGAUUUGGAGCUUUCGUGACUGCAGGAAUUACUCUUUGGUUCUUUCGGUAAAGUCACGUGGAAAGAAAAAAUAAAUUAAUUAAUAGCAUACGAUGUUUCGAUUGCAGCACAAUCAAUCAUCAUCAGGUACAAAUGAAAGAGAAAACAAACCUAGUGAACUUAGAAAUAUAAUGCAAUACAACACAGAGCUACCUGGUUGAUUACGUUCUUCCAAAGAUUGCUAAAUUUGAGAGGGAGACAAGACACAGACACGGAGACACAAAGACAGACACACAAGCAGAGAGAGACAACACAGAGACACACAGAGAUAGAGAGAGAGAGACAACACAGAGACACACAGAGAGAGAGAGAGACAACACAGAAACACACAUAGAGAGAGAGAGACAACACAGAGACACACAGAGAUAGAGAGAGAGAGACAACACAGAGACACACAGAGAUAGAGCGAGAGAGACAACACAGA